CUGGGCAAGACUGUCAACAAGAUGCUGUGAAGAACAUACUGUUGCAGUUGGAGUGCAGAGAGGAUAUGAGAAGUGCUCAGGCAGCUAAUUUCUGGAGCCGUAGAGGAUUUGAAUGGAAAGCCGUUAACAAGGAAAUGGAGUGCUUCCUCAUCGCAUCUCGUCUCUGUGUUUAUUUUGUCACGACGUCCUCCAGUACAGGAGAGUGAGGAAGAAGCUCUUACGUCACCAUCUGUGUGAGAGAGGCUGUUACCUGCCUGUGAGUCUGGGUAUCCUCCAGCUCGUGGUAUGCACUUUGCCAAGCUCUUAUCAGGGAUUGAUGGAAGCUGAAAGUGUUUUUCAGGACGUCUUCAAAGUUGAUGGCAGGCCAGGCAAUGAAUUGGCAGCAGAUAUAGCCCUGCUUCUGCAGUCUUCCACUUCUCACACCGUUCUUCAGCUUUGUUCACUUUUGGACGCUGGAAGUGAUGGCAGCUGGGAAACGUGGUGUUUGCUGUCAGGCUCCUGAUGCUGCGGGGGACCCCCCUGGCAUCUGUGUCAGGCCCAGCGACCAGCAGCACAUCAAGUAGACUCUCAUCUGCAAAGAGCUCAUUGCCCUCCCUCCACCAUGGCAACACAAGAUGAUUUCGCAGCAGCUAAGUACCAUGCCCCAGUUGCUGUCUACUGUGGGAGCAUUCCCAAAUUCAAACCCCGAUACACAGCUCUGCGAGGUGGAAGCAUUGAUUCGAACUUGCAGUUUUGUGGCAGCAGCUGGACCGCUGAAGAAGAAGCUUCUUUUCAGUCCAUAUUAACAAUGCAUUUGAAGAAGCAGACGAGUUUAUGGGAUGGGGAUGGAGAUAGGAGAUCUCCAUCCCCAAGGGACACCUCUCCCUCAGAUGGCUGGGCCACCAAGGCUAGUGUGCAUGACCUCAGCACUAGGGAUGGAGGUGAUCUCUCCCACCUUUCUCGUCGAGCCUUGACCCGGGACCCUCGAGAAAGGGAGGUGAGGUUUGCUGCCCCGGAAAUCAUUCCGAUCAAGGACAAGCUGAAGACAAGGAGGAUGUCUGAGGGGCUGCUAACCUCACAGAGAGGUCUGACUGACUGCGGUGACCCUAAGGGGGUUACCCUGAAGACAGUAUUUUCCAGCUCAGCUUCCCAGAGGCUCCUGGUAACCUCCAGGCCUGUGCCUCCCAUCCAGAACAGCCUUCCUUCCUCAGAGCCCAGCAGGAUGAGCAACGGAGAGCAGGAGCAUGGGGAAAACAGCAUAGGCUGUGUUGACAGUGAUGGGAAUAACAAGGAGCUGAUGUCAGAGGCUUCCGAGCUGCCCUUGUAUUGCAGUGGUGGGGAUGGGAAGAAGUCACUGGGAGUAGCUUUGCUUCCUCCUAUCCCCAAGUCAGCCAGACCAUCUGAUCGGGAUCCUGGUAGCGCUGCAGUGCCUCUCCCAAGUGCUCAGCACCUGGUUUUCCACGAGACCCUGGAGAUGAGGCCAAGAAGACCAAGCAGCAGAAGUGAAGAGAAGACCCUUAAAAAUCUAGAGCUCCAGACUCUGGAACCUGUCUUGCCUGCUCUCCAGCAUCGUGUUGUUGAUGGCACAAAGUCUGCUGGACAUUUAUGUGAACCUAUGCCCCUGUUAAAUGGCCUCCCACUCAGCCAGGCCAAGGAGAUGGAUCAUCUCGUGAACCCUUGCUUUCUCAGUGAUGAUGACUUGAAGGACAGCAAUGGAAGGAUCCAUGUUAUCUUGUCCAAGUCAGCUCAGAAGAAAAUAAAGCAGGAGCGAAUGAGACACAUGGAGCUUUUACGUAGAGAGGAGAAACAAAAGGGAAAAUCCUUGCAGCUCCUUGAACAAAGUGGUGACCUUGGGGAUGCAGCCAAAGAAACCUUUGGUCCACCGCCUGUCAAUGGGGCAGCUUCCAUUUCCGCCAGCGUGAGCAAUGCACGCAAAGACACCACUGGUACUGCCUUGAGGAAGCGGGUCAACAGGCCCUCACUGCCCAGCAUCCCCGUUGUCAGCAAGGGUGGCAACUUCCCACGCAAAUCCUCAGUGAACUCGCUGCCGGCUAUUGCUCUGGACUCCAUGGAGCAGACAAAGGAGCCAGGGUGUAGGGAUGCCCGGGAAGCCAUCCCCUUCCCUCACCCACAGCAGGAGCUGCUCAAUGUGCUCACAUGGCUCAGCAGUGACGACUGGGAGCAGAAGGCGAAGGCACUCUUCAGUGUCAAACGCCUGGCUAUCUGCCACUCUGAAGUGCUUCUUGAUAGACUUCAUGAUGUUUCCUUGGCUGUUACCAAAGAGGUGAACAAUCUCCGCUCAAAGGUGUCUCGCUUUGCAAUCAGCACUCUUGGAGAGCUCUUCAGGACCAUGAAGAAGCACAUGGACCACGAGGUGGAUGAGGUUGCUCGGGUCUUGCUCCAGAGGAUGGGGGACACCAGCGAGUUCAUUCAGAAAGCAGCCAGUCAGUCCCUGGGGAUCAUGGUGGGGAAUGUGACUCCUGCACGAGCAAUGACUGCUCUCAUGGCUAGUGGAAUCCAGCACCGCAACGUCCUGGUGCGGAAGUGUGCGGCUGAACACCUACUGACUGUGAUGGAGCAAAUCGGAGCCGAGAAGCUCCUGUCAGGCACACGUGACAGUACCGACCUGCUGGUGCACACGCUGGUGAAGCUUGCUCAGGACUCUCAUCAGGACACAAGGUGUUAUGGACGGAAGAUGCUGAGUAUAUUGAUGGGUCAUCGAAAAUUUGAUAAGUAUUUGAAAAAGUCUGUCCCCUCACGUGACUUGGAAGAUGUUAUGGCAAUAAUUAAGCAGAAAGGGAUAGGAGACCGUAAAUGUGAGCAUCCAUCUGCCAAGCACCCCAAGAAAGCUAGGAACCGCAGCUUGAUGAUGGCCCAGGACAACUUGCCUUCUGAUGGAGGUUCCAAGUCUGGUGCUGAUGUAGUCAUCUUACCCCGUCAGACAGUCCGUCGCACAAUACUUCGGACUGUGGAAGAGACUGAACAACUCAGGGAGCUUUACGAUCUCCUGACAGCCAAAGAGUUUCGAACACGAAUAGAGGGAGUGGUGCUUCUCCUAGACCACUGCAAAAGCAACCCCCAGUUCAUCUCUGCUAACAUCGUCCAGAUUUUUGAUGUUUUUGCCCUGAGACUUCAGGAUUGCAACAAGAAAGUGAACCAGCAGGCACUGGAAGCUCUGGCUUUGAUGGCACCCAUGCUCAAAGAUGCCUUACACCCAGUGCUGGUCCUUCUGUUAGCAACAGUCACUGACAACCUGAACUCAAAGCACUCGGGGAUUUAUGCUGCAGCUGUGAAAGUGCUGGAAGCAGCCAUUGCUCACUUAGAUAACACACUGCUGCUGCAAGCAUUGGCCCCCCGCGUGCCUUUCCUCAGCGGCCAAGCUCUGCUGGAUAUCACAGAACAUCUCUCAGUGCUUGUGGAAUCCGUUCAUCCUCAGAAACCCCAAGCUGUCAAGCGCUGUGCUCUGCCUGCGCUCUGGUUCCUCCUGAGAAACGGGGCCCUGCCUGUCCGAAGCGGCAAUGUCAGAGCUGUGGUCACCAAGCUUGCAAAGAGCCUCUAUGAAGUGAUGGGCUCCAAGCUGAAGAAGUAUGCCGCCAGCCAGCCUCAGCAUGUGAUGAAAAACCUCUGCGACAUUUUGGACCUGAAUGUUGGGUGAAGCCUUG